CAGAUUGGUAUUGUUGGACGUACUGGAGCAGGUAAAAGUUCUCUAAUGUCAGCUCUAUUCAGAUUAGCUGAACCUAAUGGUAAAAUAUUUAUAGAUGGUUGGGAUGUAUUACAGAUUGGACUAGAUGAAUUGAGAAAGAAAAUAUCUGUCAUACCACAAGACCCAGUAUUAUUUAGUGGAACUUUAAGAUAUAAUCUAGAUCCUUUUGAUGAAUAUAGUGAUGAAAGACUCUGGAACGCUCUGGAUCAGGUACAACUGAGAGAAAAGGUAGCAAAAACACAAGAUAAUUUAUAUAUGGAGAUGUCUGAAGCUGGUCAAAAUUUUAGUAUUGGACAAAGACAACUGGUUUGUCUAGCUAGAGCAUUAUUAAGAUAUAAUACGGUAUUAGUUUUAGAUGAGGCUACAGCACAUGUGGAUUCACAAACUGAUGACUUAAUUCAAGGUACAAUCCGAGCUAAAUUUAUAAAUAGUACAGUUUUAACUAUAGCUCAUAGAUUACAUACAGUGAUGGACUGCGAUAGAAUACUGGUUUUAUCUGAUGGUGAAGUAAAGGAAUUUGAUACACCUUAUAAUCUACUACUGGAUGAUGAUGGAUACUUUACAAAUUUGGUUGAGCAGACAGGACCUAAUCAGUCAGCUGAAUUACGUCAGAUGGCA